AGCUGAUGAGGGGAAUUGCAGAUGUUUGGCAUAGAUGGUCACAAUAGACUAGCCUCUUUUGUUGUUGGCAAGAAAUUACGGGCCUGUUCGAUUUGUUGCUAUUGGCAAGAUCUGGAAUGUCGAGGUGGACAGACAUGAAAUCACCAAAAAGGAAGGGUGGGGUGUGUGUGUGUAAUUUUUGGCCAAAUAAUAAUAGUAAUAAAUUUAAUUAUCAAUAUUUUUAUUUGUGCUUUUUGGUUAUUAUUUUUAAGAGGUUCGGAGCCCUGGACUAGUUUCUGAUCAAUGCUUUUCAAACCUGGUCAUCAUGUAUUCAAUUAAAGAUGACAUUAUCAAGCGCCGCCUGCUCAUAGAUGGAGAAGGUGGCAAUGACGACAAGAGGCUAAACAAUUUACUAAGAACCUUUGUUAGGUGGUGCAGUUCUCCAGAAGAUGAAGAUAGUGACAUGGCUUAUCACCGGAUGAUGGCUACACUUGCUCAGUGCGAGUUUGUCAUGGAGAAGUCUCUGCUUGUUUCUGAAAUGAACCUCAAAGAACAAGAAAACUAUGAAAAACUCAGUAGAGAUAUAGCUGAUAAAAUACAACAGGCUGCAACUAACAUUGCUGAAUGUAAACAAGAACUGCAGCAGGCAAAAAGAAUACGGAAAAAUAGACAAGAAUAUGAUGCCCUGGCUAAAAUUAUUCAACAACACCCAGACAGACAAGAAACUACAAAACAGUUACAAGCCCUGGAUAAGGAGCUCACCUCAUUGGCUGAAACUAAAGAGUCACUAGAAGGAAAGCUUGACCUAAGAAGAAAACAAUUUCUAGUUUUGAUCACUGCCAUUCAUGAGCUACAAAGGAUAUUAGAAGAGGAUGAAAAAGAAGCAAUGGAAACCUGAUACACGUUUCAUAAGGCUCAAGCAGAAUGUUGCAGUUUAUUGUGGAGAUAUACAUUGGUACAGUCUGUUUUAAUCUCGGACACCUGUGCAGAUGGAAUUCCAAUUUGUUAUCGAGAACUUUUAGAACAAAAUUUGUAAGUUAUUGAUGGUUCAGUAAAUAAGUGUAUUUUAUUGGUACGAUUGUUCGAAAGAAACUUACAAUUUGUUCCACAAAUUUAUACAAAUAAAUCAGGGAAAUGUCUGAAUGUCUUGAAGAACUUUGACCUUCAAAAUUUACCUUCCUGCUUAGUGCCUAAAAGAUAAAAGAGGAAGCUGAAAUCGGAUAGAAUUUUUUUUUCAUUUUGUAUCAAAUUAGGAAUAGGCAUAUUUAACAUUUUAAAGUUUGUUUUGUUUAAUGACACCACUAGAGAACAUUGGUUUAUUAAUGGAUGUCAAACCUUUGGUAAUUGCGACACCGAUUUUCCAUUAGUAGCAAGGGGUCUUUUAUAUGUAUUUUCCCAUAGACAGGACAUGCCACAGCCUUUGGUAUACCAGUCGUGGGUCACUGGUUGGGACGGCAAAACGUCCAAUCAGAGAAUUGGUUCACCGAGCAGAAAUGAGCACUCUACAGACUGAGCUAGAUCCCGCCCACAUUUUAAAGUAUGGCUAGUUUGUGUCCAACAUUGGGUUAUUUUGAUACUUGGUCUAGCGAGGAACUCCGUUUCUACUACAUAAGCUACUCUUACUGAACAACAGUGAGAGAUCAUUUUCCUACUGACAGGACAUCACAAAUGACGAUAUCUGUGUACCAUUUGUGGGGCACUGGUUGGACUUCGGGUGGGGGGAACCCAACGGGCUCACUGAAGGCAGUCGAUCAUAUAGCACCUCAGGAAUGACUACCACUUCAGCAUGGUUAUACCCCUAACCCAUUAUAUAUUCAUUAUCAGAAUUGUUAUUUUAUUUGUUGUCAUAAUGAUACAAUAACUGAACUAUAGUCAUCCCAGUAGUCAAAAUUAUUUAUCACUUUUUUGACGAACAGUAUUCUUCAUUUAUCAUUAUGUGUAAAGUGUAUUUUGUGACUAUACCUGCAUUGACUUAAAAGUUACAAAAUAUGCAGAUAAUCUAUUUUAAAUCCAAAUAAAAUUAUUCAAAUCCU